AUGGCUCCCGGCGAUUCUUCGCAUUUCAUUGCGGCAGGCGGAUGCGUGGGUCUGAACUUGGAGGCGGCAAGCGGCACAGCAACGCCGGUAAGCGGCUUGAGGCUGCAGAACGCCGCACACAACCGUACCAUCUCUCAAGACUUCGCCAAGUUCUGUGCAAUGGGCGCGGAGCGAGUGGGAAACGAAUCGGGGCAGUACAUCACCGUGCUCAUACCGAACUCUACUCCUGUAGCGCGGGCAUUGGCAAACAUGCAACCACAGGGACUCCAGCAACAUCAAUACCAUCAUUCACGUGAGAAGUCCUGUUCUCACUCUGGCUAUUCUACCGCAAUGCCGCUAACAGGAAACCGAACUUCUGUCCUGUUCACGCCUGGUGAAAAGGAUGUAUGCUGUGGGGUUACAGGUGCCAUCUCUGAGGGCAUCCUUGUGAAGUCCCAAACGCAUUCACCGCAGUUUUCUUUUGAUCUUGACACCCACAACACAUCGGAGGCGAGUAUUCUCUGUCCCGUUCCAGAGGGUGACGAAAAUGUUUGCUUUGUUUUCGAGGGACACUCGGAGCCUAUAGACGUGUUCCUGUCGUAUCUCUCCCCCGUCCAUUACAACGCCCUGGGACUGGCGGAAGAUCGCCUCCCAUCAAAUAGCGAUCAGCAACAAGAGCUGCAACAGCAGCCUUGUGGAACUAUAUUACACACAAGAAGUUCUUCUACUCUCGACCAUGAUGUGUCUCUGCCGUUCCUUAAAAAAGCAACUUCCGACACUUCGUUGCAGCGGUUCGCAACUGCCGCCAGUGGUCAUCUGCGCCGUGCACUAAGUCGAGGGGAGAAGAAAGAAGAAGGAGUGGAACAUCAAGAGAAAUGUUUAGGGGGUGAUGGGUGUGUGUAG